GCUCUGAAAGAAGGGGGAAACCAGGAGGUGGCGUUCAUGGAAGCGCUGUUGUAUUAUUUAUACAGAAAUAGAAACUAGACAUGAAUAUCUGAAUUUUACUCAGAGAGACAUGUUUACUGCUCAAUCCACUGAUUCCUCAGUAUGCCGCAACGGAAGCAGAGGAUUUGCACAGAUGUCACGACGAACUUUGUCCACAAAUGGAAGAGCAUAACAUGGACCCAGAACCUUUUAAUUCAGCGAUUCUGUUUAAUACUGGAUAUGACAAGUUAUGACGUUUUGGAGCAGAAUUCCCAGAAGAGGACUGGCUUCAGUGGGAUAGAACUUUGCUGUAUGUGCAAGCAGAUGAAUUGAGACAAGCAGUGAGAAGCACUUAUGAAGUGUGGAGAGGAAACAUUUUUGGAUUUUUUUUUCCAAGAAAAACCCAGCACUUUAAAGAUGGUGUUUAGUUUGGAGCAUAUAUUUAUUUUUGCUGCUAUUUUCCUCCUGAACAUUGACCUAUGUUUUUGUGCUUGUGCUCGAGCAGAGUAUGAGAUAAAUAAAGAAUGUUGCCCCAUGUGUGCACCUGGAAGCCAUGUUUAUAGGCAUUGCACAGAAUUUGUCAGCACAACUUGUGUGCCGUGUGUUGACUCUUUCACUUCUGAGCCAAAUGGUCUUCUACAAUGCUUUAGCUGUGCAGUGUGUGAUACAGGGCAAGGCAUACAAGUAAAAACAGCCUGCACAAGAAUUUCAGAUACAGUUUGUGAGCCACUUGAGGGAUUGUACUGUACUAAUUAUGAGAAGGGUAGUUGUACACAGGCUGUGGAACACACACAAUGUAGACCUGGACAAUAUAUAAAGCAGAAAGGAACAGCACGUGAUGAUGCCGAAUGUGCUGAAUGUAAAAAUGGUACCUACUCUGAUGGCUCAGUUGAAAUGUGCAAACUACAUACAAAGUGUGAAGAUUUAGGACUUGAAGAAAUUAAACCAGGAACAACGAUAUCUGAUGUUGAGUGUGGAAAUAAAAUCAAUCUAAUUCAAGUGGUUGGAAUCAUAGUUGGAAUCAUAGUUUUCAUAGUUGUGGCUGUUGUAGUAGUCCUCAAAAGUAUACAUAAGGUUAGCCGAUGUUCAGAUCGGAAUGCUGAGAAGGAACAAGGUACAAAAACUGAACUUAAAACACUCACUCCAUAGACAGUGUCUCUAUAAUAAAAGAGAACUUACAGAACAGAAGAUCAGGACACGAUGUGAACUCGCUGUCCUCACUGGGAUCUAGAUAUCGGAGUCAUAAUAAAGGAAGAAAAAUGCAAUGCCAAACCCUUCUUUUAGGGACUGGAAUGGACUUGGUGAAUGGCCUGAACUCUUGACUGGAAUGGACUUGGUGAAUGGCUGAACUCUUGACUUGAGGGAUUUCACAGAGACAAAAUUUUAUAUUGUACUUAACUCUAGGACAUACAGUAGGCUGCUGGAGAAAACAGGAAAAAAUAGUGCUUUGAAAUUCUGCUUGCUAUCAAAAUUUCACAUGAAGUUAUUCAAAAAGAGAUAAUUGCUAAAUAAAUAUUAAACAAGUAAUAGUGACUAUAGCCAAAAUGAUUGACUUUCCAGAGGAAUGUUUUGAAUGAAUGCAAGCUAAUGUAAACAUUUUAUUCUCAGUCUCCAGGAAAUAACUAUUUAACCAUAAACCAAUUUCCCUGGAGGUGAAUAUCAGGCUGCACAUCACAUAUAUGUAAAAUCACCUCAUCAUCCAUUUCUAGUCAAGUCAAGUCACCUUUAUUGUCACAUCACCACAGCACAUGUGCCAUGGUGAGUGAAAUUCUUGGGAGCGAGCAACUGAAAUUGCACAACCAUUUACAUACAGUAGUUAAGAAACAGAAAUUAGAACAAUUUACAAACAGGUUAAAAAGUACAAAAUGCUUAGUACCAGUUCAAAUGUGCAAAUGCGGAAAAUGUGGAAAAGAUGCAAUGUGCUCAUACAUAGUCAGUACACACAGUGUACUACUAGACAUAUUUACAAUGCACUACCCAUUAUAUACAGUAUGAAUUAUAUAUGUAUGUAUGUAUGUAUGUAUAAGUAUAAAAAUAAAUAAUAUAUAUAAGUAUAAGUAUUAUAUACAUGUAAUAUAUAUGUAACAUGUAAGGUGCAACAGACUGUACAGAUACAGAAAUGUCCUGUGGUACUGAUAGCUUAUUGUCAGAUAGAUUGUUGUAUUAAAUUAAAUGCAGUGUGUGUGUCUAUUGGGAAAAACAGUAAAGUUUCAACAAAUGA